UUAAUUGUACGUCUCCUUUGUCUAGGUUGAGGAUGUUCGGGGACUAGAGCAGUUGAAGGUCUUCGGGCCCCUCUUUCUGUUCCCUUCCCUUCCCCCUUGAGGGGCAUCUUUCAGAUGCCUGCUAGUGCCUAAGCUGUUGUGAGAAAGAUGAGGAACCAAGGCUAAGAAUAUUAAGUGAUUUGUCAAGGAUUACACAGGUAGUAAGUGUCUGAGGCCAGAUUUGAACUUCUAAAUUUAAGCCCUCCUGACUCCAGAUCCAGCAUUCUAUUCCACUGAGCCACCCAGCUGCCUGUAGUUGUGCUGCCAUGUCCCCAUGGGGUCUCUCUGAUGCAUAGGUGGAGACCAGCCCUGCUGGUAGUCUUCUCUGUCAGAGAUGGAGGAGGAAGAGGAAGAGGAGGAGGGAAUUCCCUUUCCCCUGAGUAUGAAGGGGGCCUGUAUGCAGCUGGAAAUUUGUGUACCCCCAACCUCCCAUUCCAUAACCCUUCACAAAGACCCCCAACUCGGCCUGACAGAUACAGAAGUUCCUGUACUCAUCUGCCUACAUGUGUGUGAGGGAGCCACCCAGAUCAUGGAUCCCGACCCCGGGGUGGGCAGCAGCAGCAAGUCAGCGCCCGAGUGCUGGGAACAGGCAGACAUGGAAACCUCGAGCACCGGUGGCGCUCCUCCUGCCGCCGCGGCCGAGGCCCAGAACCUCAGCGCCUCCUUGCGCGGGGAGCUCAACAUCCGCCCCGGUGAGUUCCUGCAGCCCUCCUUGAGGGGCCCGGUCCGGGAGCCGCCGCCAUCGCCGCCCCCAGCCGCCGCCGCCGCCGCCGCCGCCGCCCCCGCAGGUACCGCCGCCCGGGGAGGCGGCUCCGGAGCAGGAGGCCCUGCUGGCCCCGAGGCACCUGUGGAACCUCCUCAAGAACAGACAGUGUCGUAUGAAGGUUCCAGCUCAGCGGUGAGCAUGGAAGUUUCAGAACCGGUCACAAAAACAAGUGGAGAGACCGAAAUGUCCCCAGAAGAAUCGUGGGAGCACCAAGGACCGAGUGAAGCAGAAGCGGGGGAAGGCUCGUUGGGGGACGGGGGACCUCCAGAGGCGAGUGCUCCAGAAAUGAUGGUGGAGAAGGAGGAAAAACUACCCAAAGGUCAAUCUGUGGCAGCACCAGCAGCCGCCUCAAAAAAAGAACAUGUGAACGUAGUGUUCAUUGGGCAUGUGGACGCUGGCAAAUCAACCAUUGGAGGACAAAUAAUGUACUUGACGGGGAUGGUUGACAAAAGAACACUUGAAAAAUAUCAACGAGAAGCUAAGGAAAAAAACAGAGAAACUUGGUACUUGUCAUGGGCCUUGGACACGAAUCAGGAAGAACGAGACAAAGGUAAAACUGUGGAAGUGGGCCGAGCCUACUUUGAGACAGAAAAAAAGCACUUCACCAUCCUAGACGCCCCCGGGCACAAGAGUUUUGUCCCACACAUGAUUGGUGGCGCUUCUCAAGCUGACCUGGCCGUGCUGGUCAUCUCUGCUCGCAAGGGAGAAUUUGAAACUGGGUUUGAAAAGGGAGGACAGACAAGAGAACAUGCCAUGUUGGCAAAAACAGCCGGUGUAAAACACUUAAUAGUGCUUGUUAACAAAAUGGACGACCCAACAGUAAAUUGGAGCAAUGAGAGAUAUGAAGAAUGCAAAGAAAAGUUGCUGCCAUUUUUGAAAAAAGUUGGCUUCAAUCCCAAAAAGGACAUACACUUCAUGCCCUGCUCAGGACUGACUGGUGCAAACCUUAAAGAGCCAUCAGAUUUCUGCCCUUGGUAUAUUGGGUUACCAUUUGUUCCAUAUCUGGAUGAUUUGCCAAACUUCAACAGAUCAGUUGAUGGACCAAUUAGACUGCCGAUUGUGGAUAAAUACAAGGACAUGGGCACUGUGGUCCUGGGAAAGUUGGAAUCAGGCUCUAUUUGUAAAGGCCAGCAGCUUGUGAUGAUGCCAAACAAGCACACCGUGGAAGUUCUUAGAAUCUUUUCUGAUGAUGUAGAAACUGAUUCUGCAGCCCCAGGGGAAAACCUCAAGAUUAGACUGAAGGGAAUUGAAGAAGAAGAAAUACUUCCAGGAUUCAUACUUUGUGAUCCUAAAAAUCUUUGUCAUUUUGGACGUACAUUUGAUGCUCAGAUAGUGAUUAUUGAGCACAAAUCUAUCAUCUGCUCAGGUUAUAAUGCCGUGCUGCACAUUCAUACCUGUAUCGAAGAAGUAGAGAUAACAGCCUUAAUCUGCUUGGUAGACAAAAAAACAGGAGAAAAAAGUAAGACACGACCACGUUUUGUCAAACAAGAUCAAGUAUGCAUUGCCCGUUUAAGAACAGCAGGAACCAUCUGCCUUGAGACCUUCAAAGAUUUCCCUCAGAUGGGUCGUUUUACCUUAAGAGAUGAGGGGAAGACCAUUGCAAUUGGAAAAAUUCUGAAACUGGUUCCAGAGAAGGACUAAGCAUUUUUCUUCAAAUUGACUCUGCAAAAGCCUACUUUACACCACUUCCUCUUAUUUUCUGCCCGUUUUCUUUUCAUAUUUUGCAAAGACAAAUUUCACAGCAAAAGUCCACAUGAUGUCAGCUCUCUCAUGUUGAAAGCUCUGCUAUGCCACUGUUGCUCCUUCCAAAUUCUGCUUCCUUGGACAGAUUCGGCAAUACCUUUAUAAGUGAUGUGGACAUGAUUGCCUACAAUAAUGAAAAACCUAAACAACUCUUUUAUUUUUAAUUUUCUCCAUUUAGAGUGUGCAAGUAUUUGUGCACAUUUACAAAGACAACUACCAUGUUAAUAAAAUAUUCAAUUUGAAAUCCUUAAAAAAUGUUGAGAAGGGACAUCAAAUAAAGGUGAUUUUGGAAA